AUGGGGAAUUGUAUAGUAAUGGAGAAGAAAGUGAUAAAGAUAAUGAGAAAUGAUGGAAAAGUAGUUGAAUACAGAGGACCCAAGAAGGUUCAUCACAUCCUGACACAAUUCUCAAAUCACUACUCUCUCUUCGACUCCCUCUCCAACAACUGUCAUCUUCAUCCACAAUCCAAGCUUCUCUGUGGUCGUCUCUACUAUCUCAUGCCCAAGGAGAUGGCCACAAUCAAGAAGAAGAAGACGACGAUCAAGAAAGUCAGGUUUGCAAAUCCAGAGGUGGAGAAGAAAGUAGAAGAAGAAGAAGACAGAUUUACAGAUUGUGAUGACAACACCAAGGAGAAGAGUGCUAGUGUUGUGAGGGUGAAGAUGGUUGUGAGUAAGCAAGAGCUUGAAAAGCUGCUUCAAGGAGGAUCAGUUCAAGAGAUUGUUUAUAAGAGUCUUGCUAAGCAACAUAUGUAUGAUGAGGAUGAGGAUGAUGAUGAUGAUGAUGAUGAUGAGUGUACCAGAGGCUGGAGGCCUUUGUUAGAUAGCAUUCCUGAAUCUGAUUAG